AUGGCAACUAAUAUCACUUGGCAUGCAAACUUGACUCACCAAGAACGUGCUGAAUUAAGAAAACAAAAAGGGGUUACUGUGUGGUUGACUGGUUUAUCAGCUAGUGGUAAAUCAACUAUUGCUUGUGCAUUAGAACAAUCAAUUUUAGCCAGAGGAUUAAAUUCAUAUAGAUUAGAUGGUGAUAAUAUUAGAUUUGGAUUGAAUAAAGAUUUAGGAUUUAGUGAAGCUGAUAGAAAUGAAAAUAUUAGAAGAAUUUCUGAAGUUGCCAAAUUAUUCAGUGAUUCAUGUUGUAUCACUGUCACUUCAUUUAUUAGUCCCUAUAGAGCUGAUAGAAGAUUAGCUAGAGAAUUGCAUGAAAAAGAUAAUUUACCAUUCGUCGAAGUAUAUAUUGAUGUUCCAUUGGAAGUUGCUGAACAAAGAGAUCCAAAAGGAUUAUAUAAAAAGGCAAGAGAAGGUAUCAUUAAGGAAUUCACCGGUAUUAGUGCUCCUUAUGAAGCUCCCGAAAAGGCAGAAAUACACGUUAAGAACCAUUCAGGACUUUCUGUUGAACAAGCUGCUGAACAAAUUAUAGAUUAUCUUUUAGAAAAAGGUUAUAUAAAUUAA